AUGUCUUCAUCACAACUGUCACACAACAGUUCUGUCUCAAUCAGGCUCAGAUCCAGAUCGGCAAGAUGGGAUAGGAGCGUGCCGCCCCUGUUCAGACCUAUUCUUCGUGCAUACCUACUUGGCUAUGCGUUCACCGUCGGCCCAAGACUACUGGCCUUGGUCCUUUAUCAUGCCUUGAAGCUGGUCCGCACGCGGCGCAAGGCUGUAGAUGGCCCGGCUGAGAAUAAACCUGAGCCUCUGCUGCUACAGUCUCUGCUCAGGACGGUGCGAGCCGGGUUUGAAUGGCAACGGUUUCCUACUUUCUGUGCUGCUCUUGUUGGAGGCAGUACCUUGCUGGAGCCCGCCCUUCGCAAGGCACUUACUCGUAUCUUGAAGGGUCUCGCAGAAACAACAAGGACCAGAUUGUCAAGAUAUCUCUCCUCUUUCAUAGCAGCAUGGUUCAGCCUGCGACUGCUCCAAUCCAAACAGAGCAUCCCGUCCACCACCACACUCACCACAGCUGCAACCCCCCUGGCUUCGCCCAAACCAGACCAGACACCUAGGCCCCAAGCCGGCCGCACUCUAGACCUCACACUCUUCGCCGCAACCCGUGCCCUGGAUGUGUUGGUCGGGGAACUAUGGUCCCGGCGCCGAAACAUCCGCUCCCCUUCGGCUAGCACAACGACAAAGACCCUCGAUCACUUCGCGUCCAGCCUGGCCGACCCCUUGAUUUUCGCCUUUUCUUCAAGCCUCAUCAUGUGGAACUGGUUCUACAAUCCCGCCACACUCCCUCGCGCCUACAACAAAUGGAUCGCAAGCGCCGCGUCCGUCGACCAGCGCCUCAUAGUUGCCCUUCAGCGAGUCAGGGACGGCGUCAUGCGAUACGGCGAGGACACAGGGCACGCAGCUCUUCUACAGGACAUGUGCGAAGAGUAUCGCUGGCCCUUGCAAUGGGGUGACCCUGCUACCAGCGUGCCGUUCCCCUGCGAGAUGGUCCACAUGGGAGUUGGACCAUCGUGCGAGCUGCACGCCCUAAGCAGGUUUGGCAGGGCUUGGCUGUGGAGUAUGAGGACAUACCUGCCGCUGCAGCUGGCUGUGCUACUCCUGAGGCUCCGGAGUCUCAAGACUCUCAAGCGCGACCUCGUUCGCGCUUUCCUGUCCGCGUCACGGUCGUCCGCAUUCCUGGGGACUUUUAUCACACUGUUCUACUAUAGUAUAUGCCUAGCGCGGACGCGGGUUGGGCCACAUAUCUUGGGCGUAGACGUCAAAGCACGGCAGAAGAUCGAUGGCGGAAUAUGCGUGGGGACGGGGUGUUUCCUCUGCGGUUGGAGCGUGCUGCUCGAGCCGUUCAGCAGGCGCAGGGAACUGGCCCUGUUUGUCGCACCGAGGGCCGUGGCGACGAUGCUGCCGCGCAAAUAUGAUGCCGACAAGCAGUGGAGAGAGACGCUCGUCUUCUCCGCCAGCACGGCGGUGGUGUUUACGUGUGUCAUGGAGAACAAGAGGAGGGUUAGAGGCGUCCUCGGGGGGUUACUGAGGACAGUGCUUGCAGCUUAG